AUGUUCAAGCUCGAUUUCCUGUCCAACGACCGGAGCCAGCCGCUCCAGAACGACCUCGAGACGUGCGAGGAUGACGGCAUCGUCCAGCACGACUCCCUGUCGUUCGACAUCCCCAACGUCUCCAACCCGAUCGAGUGGUUGAAGUUCCAGACAAGCAACGCCGCGGAGAACGCUAUCAAGCUCGCAAAAGGAACCACCACCCUGGCCUUCAAAUUCAACGGCGGAAUCAUCGUUGCUGUUGACUCGAGAGCAACUGGCGGCCAGUACAUCGCCUCUGGAACGGUCAAGAAGGUCAUUGAAAUCAAUCCCUACCUUCUGGGAACGAUGGCUGGCGGUGCUGCCGACUGCUCGUACUGGGAGAGAGAGCUGGGCCGCCGUGCAAGACUUUACGAGCUCCGAAACAAGGAGCGAAUCUCCGUAGCGGCUGCCUCGAAGCUGCUCGCCAACAUGGUCUAUAGUUACAAAGGAAUGGGCCUGUCGAUGGGAACGAUGAUUGCCGGCUGGGAUAAGAAGGGCCCUGGUCUCUACUAUGUCGACUCCGAUGGCCAACGACUGGCCGGAAAUCUCUUCUCUGUUGGAUCGGGCUCGACCUAUGCCUAUGGUGUCCUGGAUGCCGGAUAUCGACCCGAUCUGACAGCCGAGGAGGCCAUUGAUCUGGGAAGACGGGCCAUCUACCACGCCACCUUCCGUGAUGCUUACUCCGGCGGCCGCAUCAAUGUCUACCAUGUCAAGGAAACGGGAUGGGAGUUCAUCAGCCAAACAGACUGCACAGAGUUGCAUUACCAGGUAUGGACAGAGGCUCAACCAGAAGCGAUCGCUGACUGCUGGUGUCCGUCGAGCCCACACAACACACAACGCCAUGGCGAUGGCAUAGAACAGAGCUCGAUUGCUGUGAUUAGCCAAGAACCCUAA